AUGGCGUCCGAUACGGAGGAUGAAUUGCUACCAACCACAUCGGUCAGCGCGGCAUCGGCGUCAACAACGUCCGCAACUAGGGCCGGUCGGCGAUUGCGAAACCGAAAUGUACUGAAUGUAGAGGACAGUGAUAACGAAAGCAGUGGGAGUGGGCCAAUCGCUGGCCCUAGCCGACGUCGGACAGUACCGGUCGCUAAGAUGGAUCUGGCGUCGGAAAGCUCGGAGUGGGAAUCUGAUUGGAACAGUGACGAAGAGCAGCUGCUGGAAAAGGGCGACAAGGACGCAGUGGCGGCCGUAUUGGCCAGUAAGCUCGGUUACGCCUCAGACGAAUCUAGCGGGAGUAGCAGCAGCAACGAUAGCGAAAAAUGUCCCAUCUGUCUGUUGUCGCUUCACAAUCAGGAAGUCGGCGUACCGGAGGUCUGUGAACACGUAUUCUGCGCCCCGUGUAUCGAGGAAUGGUCGCGCAACGUAUCCACCUGUCCGAUAGAUCGGAAAGGUUUUGAGUUGAUCAACAUUUAUGCGGAUCUGGAGCGACGACAGCAACAAAAGGAGGUUCUACGGGUGUAUCGCGUCCAACCGAAGCCGAUCGAAGGAGAGGUGGAUGGAGUGGGUGCCGAGGGUACCGGGUUACCCGUUCCGGUAGAAGAUGAAUUAACGUACUGUGAAGUGUGCCGACAAGCACACAGCGAGGAAACGAUGCUGUUGUGUGACUCAUGCAAUCUCGGCUAUCACAUGGAGUGUCUGAAUCCGCCUUUGCUCGAAAUCCCAUCCGGUUCGUGGUAUUGCGAUUGUUGCUUUGCAUCUGGCUCGGACGAGGACGACAAUGAGCUGCAGGAUCUGCUGGAUGAUCUGAACGAGAUCGGUGGUAUGCGAGAGUCUCGGUUGCGGCAGCGCAUCCACAGCCCGUUACGGAUUGUGCGGACACGUCAGAGUGAACGUAUUAGGGCGGCAAUCCUUACGCGUGCGGCCGCGGCAGUACGAUUGAACAUGGUCCAAAGUUCGCCGGAUGGAGCAGGGCCGUCGACGGUGGCGGCAAGGGUACGUCGAUUGGCUGCUGGUUCUUCGGCGCACGGUGGCAGUAGCAGUAGCAGUAGUCUAGUUGCGGUCGCCGCUCCACCACGUGCUCGCAAGACGGUUAAGCGGAAGCGGCGGCGCCGUACACGUCGAAAAAUUCUCAGCAUGAUAAUCUCUGAAUACGACGUGGAUGACAACGACAACGGAACAGGGGUAGGCGGGCCCGGAGAUGGACAAAAGUUUGCAAUUAAGCGCAAAAAGCUCUACAGUACACUGCGGAAGCUGCGCAAGAAGCGAGCGAAACGAAGGAAAAGUUCCGGCGUUGGAGGGAUGGGUGGAAGCAGACGACGUAGCGCUGCCGCCGCUGCUGCAGCUGCUCUGGCCACCAACGGCGAAAAUGGUGAUCUUUUGAGAUCGACUAACGCAAUGACGGAUUCCGUACAGCGGCAACGCAUCGGCGCAGGUAUAACGCCGCUGAAGAUUUUCGGUGGUCGAAAUGAUCUGGACUACUUCAGCGAUGACGACGACGAAGAGGAAGGCAGUAGCACCGGUGGUGGUACGGGCGGUACCGGUGGAUCGACACUGGUCGCAGGUGGAGCAAUGGGUUCGCGCUUGAGAAAUGUGCUCGGACGCAGGCGAGUAUUGAAAAGUGGUUUCGAAAGUUUCAGCACACCUUCACCGGGAGAAGCUGCAUCGGCUGGAUCGGAUCUGCUCGGUAGCAUCCUUGAGAGUCAAGAGCGAUGGCAUUCGCGUGACGGACUGCGAAACGUGCGCAUCAAUGGUGGAAAAAUUGUUUUCCCCAUAGAUCCAUCCAACGUGGAUCGUCGGCGAGCACACCCUGCCGGUCCGAGCGGAAAUGCGAGAGAAUCAAUCGUAACGGGAGCUAUAAAUGUCGCUGCUAAUACCCCUGGCAGCAGUACGACGACUCAAUCCAUUACGGCCGGUGGAAGCAAUAGUGGAAACACUAGCGGCCCACCCGGGUCCAACUCAUCCUCGAAUAACAUCGUCACCAAUGGUACUGGUGGUGGUGCAAUGAGUGCAGCAAGCGGUAGUAGCACUAAUACAAAUGCAUCAACCGCUUACACCGGUUCAUCCGACACCGUAUUACUAGGUUCUCCCAUGAGCGGUAAAACGUCCACCACGGCCGCUGUAGCGACGAGCAGCAAGCUAAAAAAAGAUGACGAAACCGAUGAAGAGGAUGAUGAAGUAUCCAAGGAAAACAAGACUGUUCCCGGUAGUCGACUGCCGAAAGGACUUUCCCAUCAUGAUGUGGAUGGUGAUGCGGGUACUGGUGCGGUAGUCGCAUCUGAAAACAAUUGUCCUAAUUUCUCGGUUUAUUCGUCGGAGACUUUGCAAUACGCGAAAGGUGGCGCUGACGGGAAUCAACCAUACGACCCCCUAGACAGUGAACAGCGCACAGAUGAUGAAGAAGACGAUCGAUUUGCUGGUGAAAGGGACGAAGAUUUGGUGCAGCUCGAUGACGACGACAUCGACGGCGAACCGUACACGGAUCCGAAGCAAAGUUCUAUGAUCAACACCGGGCCUGUUGUGAAUGGCGAGGAAGACUUGGCAUCGGCACCAGCAGCAGCUGGCAGUACACCUGGUACCGUUGAUAACGCGGAUGAAAACGAUGAAGGUACGCCGGCGCGUGACGAAUUUGAUUCGGAUAGUGAUGAUGAACUGAAGAAAAUUGAGGCUGAUUCGAAUCGUGGUACGGAUGGGCGCCGAGGAGUUGGUGGGUUGGAUGCCCUGACCCCUCCAUUAACGACAUCGCUCGUCGCGGCCUUGGGAGCAUCGGGGGCAGCAAUGGCAGCCGCAUCAGCAAUCGCUACGGCCAAUUUCGGUGCACCCGCCGGUUUAAUGGGAGCGACCGAGGACGAUCGUAGCUACACACCUUGCCUGGAUGAGAAAUAUCAAGAGCGUCGGGAGCUAAUCGAUGCUGGGGAGGGUCCAUCCGGUGAGUGUACGGCCUUGUUGGAUUCAUCGUCUCGUUUUCGCAGUCAGGGAAGUGCUAUUGAUUCGGCCGGCAUUGAUGGGAUGGAUACCGAAAUGAUCUCUGACGAAGAUGAUUCUGCUUUUGCGGAUGCAACAGCGGCUGUUGGAGAUCAUGCAGGCAGUGGUCCAUCCACCUCAAAAGGUGGUCAAUCGUCGAAAAGGAAGGAACAGCUUGCCUCCUUCAAGAAGGUCACGAAAAAAGGACGCGAGCGCAACUAUCGUGAGAAGGAUACAAAAAAACGAUCAUCACGGGACCGUGGGCGACGAGGCAAUGAUACUAACGAGCACGGUGACGCAGAAAGAGAAACUCGCAAUGGAGAUGGCGAUGAGGAAAGUGGCGCUGAAGGCGGUAAAUCAACCGAUCGUCGUAAUCGACCACGUCGUCCGAAGCGAAAAGAGUUGCCUCGGUACGAUAUCCGGUCGAUUAUUGCAGAGAAAAGACCCCGUAUCUAUAAAGAUCCCUUCGGGAGAGAUAUUACACCGAAGCGACGGUCACGCACACGCACACCCUCGCGCAGCCGGUCCCGUGAACGACGCAACAUGUCUAUUUCACUCUCACCCGAACCACUACCGGCGGUAAGAUCGCGUGGUCCUGCUUCUGGCUUUCCUGCAGCUCGUAGGCGCUCCCUAUCACCAGCGCUUCCUCCACGGCACCGUGGACGGUCACCGCCACACGGGGUACGUUCCCCUGUACCCCCGUUCCGUCGGUCGCCUCAUCGAUCCUCAUCAGGCUCACGAUCCCGUUCGAGAGGAGGUGGUGGAGCCGGACGUUCUGGACCUCUCGGUAUGCGGUCACCCUCUCCGCGAUCACCACCACUUCGUGGUCGCUUUGCGCGUUCUCCACGCUCACGAUCUAUAUCCCGCUCGCGCUCUCAUUCGCCACCGGCGCACCAUCGUCCGGCAGUGCGUCGAGGAAGCUUUCGACGAUCAAUUACACCGUCGCGAUCACGCUCCCCACCUGAUAGACGCGUUGCGAGAGCAAAGAAGAAAGGGAAACGAAAGAAGCGCCUGGUAUCUGUUAGUCGUAGCAGAAGUCGUAGUCGCAGCAGAAGCCGCAGUCGCAGCAGGAGUCGUAGUCGCAGUCGUAGCCGAAGUCGUGGCCGCGGGCACAAAGUAUCCCUAGCGGCACGGAACCUUGGUCGGAAGAAAAAAAAUAAAGGCCGUCGCAGUGUGACACCUCCGCCGCCAGUGAAGAACGCAAACAAGAAGCAGAAGAAAAAGAAAGAGCGAAAAAGAUCACUUUCCCCGUUGGGAUCACGAUCGCGGUCACGCACACCACCAACAGCACCACCAUCCGCAUCCGGCAUACUUACCGAGCGGUUCGCCAAAGGAGGAGGACAGCGACAUCGCGAUAGUUCCUGGACACCUCCACCACUGCCACCGCUGUCCAGCGCUCGAGCGAAAACGAACGGACCGGCCUCAUCUGCUUCGGCAGCGGCUAAUCUAACGGUCAUUCUCACGAACGAGGAAGCGCUGGCGAAACAGCAGGCGGAAGCCAUGCACGGUGGCAAGGAUCGGGAGGGGCGCAGCAACAAGCAGGCCCGGAAGGAGGCAAGGCGCCGGGAACGGGAGGCCCGCGAAAAGCAUGCGACUCUGCCCUCAAAGGAAGUAUUUACAUCGGGUGAUAAUAUUCUUGUAAGUGUUAGCUUUAACGAUAAGAGUGCGUCGUCGGUGGUGGCCACGGGAUCUGGCAAGGAUACGAGUGGGCAGGAUAAGACACGCUCGGCGAACGUACCGGCAACCGAGCAUUCGCGGCAUCACCACCACCAUCAUCAUCAUGGCCUUGAGCGAUCGAGCGGUGGAAAGCAACAGCAACGACAAAAGGACGCUACUAACGCGGCCGGUUCCGGUACAGCCUCCGGCAAACGCCAGCGCCCAGCAGAAGGUGAGCGACCAAAGACUAAGAGACUCGAUGGUCGGCUAAAGCAACGAACGCGUCCCGCCGUCGAUAUUCCAACGAAACCGGUAGUAAUUAUCGAUUUGGAUGGAUCCCCAUUCCGCGUGUUGACACCAUCACCAAAAGCUGUCAUCGUGCUAUCGGAUAGCGAUACGGAAAAGGACAAGGAUCGGCGUGGAGCAGGUGCGGUUGUUGGUGGUAUUGCUGGAGGUGCUCCGGCAGGAGCAACCAUAGAUGCAGCUGGAAGCGCAGGUCAAGGUGUAGGUCAGGAGAAAAACAGCAGUGUUGGCUUGAUGCUACGAAGUGGUGGAGCAGCUGGAAGUACGCUCGGACAAUCGCUCGGAUUGAUGGAAGGACCCAAUACAAUGGGUGGCGGGGGAGGACUGUCGGUGGGAAGUGCAUUAGCCGGUACGUCCGGUUCUAAUGGUGGAGUGAUGCGAAAAACGCCACCUGAACGCCGCUCACCCGUCGAUGACAUGUUCGGACCGAAGACUCCACCUGGAUUCCCGACCAACAGUGGUGGUGCCGUAAUAGGCAGCAAUCAGCAAUCGUUGAAGGCACUGCAAGCACCAAAGUUCUCAAUGCAGGUUAAAACAAAGUCUACCAACGUUCGACCCGUCAACCCACUGUACGAUCCGGGUGAUUUGGACGAAGGCAAAGAGGACACCCCGGAGCGGCAGGAAGGUACGGUAGCAGGUGAAGGAACAAUGGGAGAGGAAAGUGGUGAUGUGCCACCGUCACAGGGAAUGAAUUACGGAGCGGGAAGUGGUGUAGGUGGAACAAUAGCCACUGUAGGACCGAAUACGCCGCCGGAACCGGCACCACAAUCACCUUCGCCCGACGUGUACGAUCCGUUUGAGCCGACUAAAUCACCUUCGCCUUCGCCGACUCCCGGUGGUUCAUCGCGUGACCGAUCCGAUGCUUUAUCGAUUGGUAGGCUUUCGGAUGAAGAGCAAGCGAAGACGACGAACAGAGACGGCCCAGGGUCUGGUUCUGGCACAGAAGGUGGCAUGAUGAUGAUGGACACUGUCACCGCUGGCAGUGCCGUUGGAUCAGGCGAUUCUAUGAACGGCGGUACUGUCGGAAACGGAGCGGAUGUGGUACAUUCUCGUACUCCUCCGCAGUCGCUUAUAGGACGCAGCAAUGGUAACACCGGUAAAGUUCAGAUGCUCAACAACAUCGUGCUCAGCGGAUCGGCGUCUAACUCGAAUACGAAGGUACCCGAUCCGGCCGGAACCAAUUCGGAUUCGGACGUGAUCUUUGACGAGUUUGUACCAUCAUCGGGCGGGCCGAACAAUAAUCUCAUCUCGAAAUUGCCAUUGCCGCUGACCGGAUCCGCCGGCCAAGGUCAGCCCGGUGGUAAGUUCGGUGAUUUCAUGAACCCGACCGAUUCUCCGUACUCGCCGGGUGCGAGCGAUUUUGACGAUUUGUUUGAACCACCCGGCGGUGCGGGGAUGGAUAUACUUGAUUCGCCACCGAUGCAUACGCAAUCCGGCAAGCAGCAGUCAAAUCACCAGCAUCAGUUGAACGCCAAUACGCAGCUCCCCGGGGGUCGAUCGUCCAAAACGAUGCCAACGACGAAAGCUGCUAAAAAAUCGACCAACCAGUUUGACACACUGUUUGGGUCAUCGCCGAACCAGCAUCACGGUGGUAAGGCAGGUCGCAGUCGGAAGGGCCCACACAAACGCUCGAAGGGAGGCAAAUCCAACCAAAAAGGUGACACUGCUAAUGACGAAGAUCCGUCGAAGAUGUCGGAUAAGGAGAAGUACCUGAAGAAACUCAACCGUCUCGAACGCGUCGUCGAGGAGGUCAAACUGGUCAUCAAACCGUAUUACAACAAGAAGCAAAUUAAUAAGGACGAAUACAAAGAUAUUUUGCGCCGCGCGGUACCGAAGAUCUGCCACAGCCGCACUGGCGAGAUAAAUCCCAUCAAAAUACAGAAGCUCAUCAAGGCGUACGUGCGCAAAAUACGCGCCAAACGGCGCCAAUCAAAGAAGGGUUCCGGUGGUGGCGCCAUUGGUCAGCUUGGAUUACCAAUGGCAAACAACAAUGCAAUCAUACUCUAA